UUUAACGAAGAAAAAAGAAGAGAGAGAGAGAGCAGUGAUCGAGUUUGAGGGUGUAAUCUAAGAGAGAGAGAGAGAGAGAAAAGAAGACACGAACAGCAGCUGCUGCAGCAGCAGCAACAACAACGGCCCAAUGCAGUGAGGGAGGGAGGAGAGAGAGGACAAAUUAAAAUUACUGAAGCUCUUCUUCGCUCAAUCGAAUUGUAUGGUUAUCAGGAGAAGCAGGAGAAGAAGAAAGGUGAAGAAAAGCUACCCAGGUCGUCACUGAAGAACAGAGACAACUCGGAAGAAGCUCUCUCUCUCUCUCUCUCUCUCUCUCUCUCGUUCGCUCGCUCUCUCGGCUUCGCCAAGGUCAGGAACUCUCCGUUUUCCCUUUGUUUUUGUUUCCCCUUUCCGAUUUUUGGCCUCGACUUUUCCUGUUUCAAUACCAAAACCCCAGGAAAUUCUUUCCCUUGAUCUCUUUCCUGGCGCUUCAAUUCCCGGUUUCACCCUCCAGAUUUUACUCCUAAAGUCGUUCAAUUUUGAAUAAAUGAAUGCAAUCAUGAAAUUUUACGGCCUCCUCAAAUUGGUGUUCCCCAGAUUCAGAGUUGGGUUUUUGAUGUAUAUAUUAGGGCUUUGUGUUGUAACCGAGUCUUGAUCUCUGCUCGAGCCACUGUAAUCCGUUUCCUAGGGUUCCACUUUUACCAAGAUGAGCUUCCACUGUGCAUUGUUUUGCCUGUGGAUGCAUUAAUUUCGGCUUCUUUGUAUACUGAGCUGAUCGUAGCUUUCAAGGAUUUGGGGUUUCCAGGGGUAGACGAAGUUUGUACAUAUAACACGCCCACGCACACCCCCGCCGUAUUCCUAGUGUAUGAAUGUGUUAGCUGAGAAAUGCUACCGCACCAGCAGAACUCCCGAAUUGAUGUGGCUGAUUUGAAGGCUCAGAUAGUUAAGAAGAUUGGGCCAGAGAGGUCAAAACGCUACUUUUAUUACUUGAACAGAUUGUUGAGUCAGAAGUUGAGUAAGGCAGAAUUUGAUAGGUUCUGUUUUCGAGUUCUUGGGAGGGAGAAUCUACCGCUGCAUAACCAGUUUAUACGAUCAAUCUUAAACAAUGCAUGCCAUGCAAACUCCCCACCUCCGGUCCAUGAAGUGGGACCCACAAAAUCUGCUGUCAUAUCUGGAAAAAGUUCUCCCACUGUAGAAUAUGGCCGUGAACAGAGCGGGUUGGUUGUUCCAAAUCAAACUCCAGGCACCCCAAUUUGGCCUAAUGGGGUUGUUUUACCACUAUCCCCAAGAAAGGGAAGGUCUGCAAUCCGUGAUAGGAAACUUAGGGACCGACCUAGCCCUCUUGGACCUAAUGGGAAGCCAGAUGCUGCUUCUCAUCAAUCAACUCCUAUUGAGGAGGGUAUUAUAAAGACUGGCAUAGAGAAUGGGAACUUGGUUCCGUGUGAUUACCAGAGGCCGCUCCAGCAUAUGCAAGGGCUUGCAGAGCAAUCUGACAGUGGAAUUCCUAGAGUAAGAAACUCAACAGAUGCUCCGUUAUCUCUACAUGGGAAAGAUCAAUAUGAAGUAGCAGUUGUUGCAGAUGGGGAAGGGGUGGAACAGUCUAGCCGCUUGAGUAUCUCUAGAAGUCCUCUUAUUGCGCCUCUUGGAAUUCCAUUUUGCACAGCUAGUGUUGGAGGGGCCCGGAAAGCAUUGCCCUUGGGCAAUACCAGUAAUAUUGUUAACUAUUUUGACUCUGGGGGUUUGUCUGACUCAGAAACACUGAGGAAACAUAUGGAGCAGGUUGCAUCAGUACAAGGCCUUGGCGGAGUUACUGUGGAGUGCGCUAACACAUUAAAUAAUAUGUUGGAUGUGUACUUGAAGAGGUUGAUCAGGUCUUGUGUGGAGUUGGUUGGGGUGAGGUCUGGGAAUGAAUCGAAAAGGCAGUCUGUUGACAAACGUCAUAUUCAAGGCAAGCUUGUUAAUGGUAUGUGGCCUAGUAAUCAUGGGCAUAUGCAAAGGAGUGGUGGUUUCCAAGAAGCUACACAAGGAAACAGACCAACAUGCUCUAUCUCAUUACUUGAUUUCAAGGUCGCAAUGGAGUUAAAGCCACAGCAACUUGGAGAAGACUGGCCAUCUUUGCUUGAGAAGAUCUCUAUGAACAUGUUCAAGGACUAGCAUGGCCAAUCGUAUAUUGGUGUUUCACUAAGAUUUGGUUUGGUCAGUUCAUCUGGUUUGGAGGAUUGGCAUCUGGUUAACAAGGUUGAUGCAGCCAUAUUCUUAUAUUGGCUAUCAUAACCAGGUGAUUCUCUCUCAGAUGUAGGUUGGACCCUUGAAAUAUGAAGAGAGGGUCUGCACUUGCUACAUCUAUCUUUUCCUACUUCAUAUCCUGUAGACCACCAGACCUUAUCUAACAGCAACCAGUGAAGGGUAAUUUCAAGCAGAAUGCCCAUAUUUGGUUGCCCUGUUGUAUGUGUAGGAUUCAUAUUGGCUGUCUUCUGCUGUACUGCAGAUCUUGGGCCUUCCAUGUAAUUUACAGCAGUUGAAGAGGAAAUCUUAAGAAAUUUUGCAGGGAUACUGUUGUGUAGCUUGAUGAAAGAAAAUUGCCACCAGCAUCAAGCAUCAGAUAAAAGCUAGCUUUUAUGAUCAGCAAAGCUGUCAUAUGGAAAGCAAGAUGAAAAAUAUGUUGCUACAGUUCACUCAAGUUUACUGAGAUCUAAGUGUUUCUGGUUGUGCUGUUGGAGUCCUCAUCCUGCAGUUCAAGCGAGUUUACUGAGGUAACUAAGCAUCCUGAGCUCAAUGCUUUCAUGCUGUUGUGAAAACUCAACUGGAGAUGGCUGCACCUGAACCUGAUUCCAUGACUUGGAGUACUCAUUUCAUGGGCAUAUAUGGGUUGUUCCAAGAUAAUUCCUCCUAGUUUACUGAAUGCCACCACUUCUGGGAGUAGCAGAAGUUAAUCCAUUUCUUAUUUACUAUCUUCCCGUUCAUUUUCCACCCAACAAUUUUUCCCUAUAUGUAUUAAGGUCUCUCUUUAAACAAAGGGCUGAACCAAUGUCAAGGGAUCCUGUGUGCAACAUGAGCACAUCCUGAGCACCAGCCAGAGCAGAGAGUAGAAAACACCUACUAGCUAGGUCUUUCGUCACCGGUUGCUCAUGAGAAGUCUUGAACUUGGCUAGGCUACUAUGUAGAGGGUUUCUUUUCUGAUGCCCUAUCUGUCUAUCUAUGAAUGAUGGUGUGGUUAUUUCAUUACCUGUGCAGGGGUCUCCAUGAUGAGGUUUGGCUAGAGAAGUAGAAGAGAUGGGCUGCUGGUAAAGCCUGAGAAUUUUAGCCGCAUUUCAAUGUGAGCUAGCUGCUGUGAUUCCUUGUUGCUUCUUGCUUACUCCCCUUCCUACUUUGUGUUAUCUAUCGAUUUAUACGCUUUGCUACAGUCUGAGCAAGAGUUUUUAGUUUUCUUCCCAAAAGAUAUUAGAUUUAGGAGAAAAUAUUCAAUCUAGGUGAUACCAUGUUGACACGAUGAGAUGGUAUUACAUAUUCUUUUAGGGUUCAGUUUUUGCUUAUAAUUUAAAAAAUAUAAAUUUAU